GCAGCAGACCAGCAAGACACCAGGUGGCAGGAACAACGUCAACAAGCAGCAAACUUCACGAGGUCCAAUCUAUAUCGGACAGAGAUUCAAGUAUCAAGGAAGGAUGCUUUCCAAGGAUCCCUCUAACCCUGGAAACCUUCCACCUUCCUCAUCUGAUUCUCGUCUGUAUGUUGGUAACCUUUCUCCGGCGGUAGACGAGUUUGCCUUGGUGGCGCUUUUCUCGAAAUUUGGCAAGAUCUCAAAGCUUGAUUUCCUAUUCCACAAGUCUGGUGUCUUGAGAGGCAAGCCCCGGGGAUAUGCUUUCAUUGAGAUGAAUCGGCGUGAUGAAGCGCUCAAAGCGAUGGUCGAACUAAACAACAAAGCCGUUCGCGGGAAACGGAUUUUGGUCACGCAGGCUAACGAGAGUCAAUAUCAAGAGCAUCAAGCUGCUAAUCAGAGCAAGCCCAACCAUUCACACCAAAACAAUUCUAAUAAUCAUCAAGGGCGAGCCGGCCAGCGAGGUAGGCCUGCUGGCCCUGACCCAAUGAGACCAACGACUCUCUCCAUCUUGAAAUCCCAGCAACAACCAAAAGGAGUCAACAAUAAGAUCGCGGCUUUGGAAGCCAAGUUAGCGUCGAUGCAACAGACGGGUACUUUGUCUACGGCCACCCCCUCAUCUUCCAAUUCUCUUGUCCCAUCGGCAUCGUCCCUUUUGUCAUCAAAACCUUCCUUCCUGCCCGAACAUCCUAACACCCUUCGCGCAGCACCGCACACCGAAAAUAACACAUCAAGGCGGUCUUGCAACCCCAGUGCCACGGCCUCUACAAGAUCUUCCAAAACCUCGACCAAUCCUCACAACCUUGGAAAACAACCUACCAAUUUGGACACGAUUGGUCUUACACUAAAGGAACAACUGAAACGCAACCGAGAGUUACAAUCAAUGAUCACCAAGACCGCAAAACCCGCUUCAACAGCCCAACGUCAAGAGCAUAAUGACAUUCCUACCCAUACAACCAGCCCUCGUCCGAAGAAGAGCAGAAGUCAUUCAACCAGCUCGAAUAAUCACGGCGAACUGAGCUCUUCACAUCUCUCAAAUCCGAACAGUUCCGUCGAUGUUUCUCUCCAAUUGACCGAGAAGGCCUGCGAUACGGAUGAUAAAGAAUUUAAGCGACAGAAAGUAGAUCAUCCCUCUGCUCUAUCUGAAUCAGUCGAAUGCUCCAAAAUACCUGAACCAGUGGCCUAGCCUUUACCAAAUAAGCUAUCACUUGAUUAAUCGUCUACAAUCCUUGUAUCAAUAUCCUCACCUGUUUAUUGACAUAAUAUAACUCCCUUCAACAAACGAGAUCACCUGAAUAAAAAUAAAACAUGUUGUUGUUUGAAUUCUUCUAUGGGAAUUAUUAGAAAAUCAAAGUGUCAAAGAUUGUU